AUGAAGCAGUUUUUUUUAUAUUUUUUUAUAUUAAUAUGGGUCCAUUUUACUAUAGGAAAACAUAUUUGGACAAUUGAUAAGGUCCAGGCAGAAGUUGUAUCAGAUUCACAUAAAGAGAACAAGAGAAAAUGUUUUGUUUCAGGUGCGGAUACAUCACCAUGUGUUCUGGGUGGUCAAGAAACAUUAACACUGCGUUUCAACGUUAAACGUGCAUCUAAACAAAUGCGUCCUCAUCAAGCAAUGCUUUUGGUUGGCUAUCCGGAAAAAGAACUUGAAAAUGCACAUAUUAUAUCGGUUAAUACUCGUGGUGAAGCUACUUUAACUUUGAAACAUAAAAAUAUUCCACUUCAAUUGUUGUUUGAGGAUUCACCAUUAUUACUCACAAUUGUUAUUGGAUCGUUUGAUACAGCAGAUCCUUUAUUGUAUACACUUGGGAGGCUCCAGAUCGUCGACAUUGAUGCUAAGUUUGAUCCGCCGGAGCCACCGCUUCGAUAUGGACCACUUCCUGAAAUCGAGCAUAUUUUUUCACCUGAACAAAAGUCUUCUUCGAAAAUCCUCGUCAUCAUUUUUUCUAUUGCCAUUCUAUCUGUUUUUGGACAACUUUGCAAAGCCUGGAAAACGAUCUUUUUCACUGCUCAGACUCCGUCUUCUCUAUUAAACAGGCUUUCUCCACCAUACAUUUUAUUUUUCGCUCUGCUUUGUGCCACCGAAGUCCUGCUUUACAUGUAUUGGACCUGGAUUCGGUUUCCACAUGUAUUAAUUGGUCUUUCUGUUCUUUUUCCUUUGCUUAUCUUUUCAUGCAAACAUCUUUUGUCUCAAAUACAAAAAAAUAUCAAUUCUGUCAAGCAAUAG